GUGCCCACUGAGCAUGCGCAUGCCCACUGCACUUUGUCUGCAGUCUCUGGUCAUCUCCUGUACUAUGUCCACAGUCUCUCUCCUGUACUACGUCCGCAGUCUCUGGUCAUCUCCUGUACUAAGUCCGCAGUCUCUGGUCAUCUCCUGUACUACGUCUGCAGUCUCUGGUCAUCUCCUGUACUGUGUCCGCAGUCUCUCUCCUGUACUACGUCCGCAGUCUCUGGACAUCUCCUGUACUAAGUCCGCAGUCUCUGGUCAUCUCCUGUACUGUGUCUGCAGUCUCUGGUCAUCUCCUUUACUACGUCUGCAGUCUCUGGUCAUCUCCUGUACUAUGUCUGCAGUCCAUUGGUUCAGAAUAUCUUUUUUCUUGUUUUCCUCCUCU